AUGAAAAGCAUUACAUAUUAUAAAUUAGACGGAGGCGGAGUUGGUACUAGUUUAUCAAAUGUACCCAACAGAAAAAAAGGCAAAAAAAAACCCCCCAAAACCCCGAAAACAGUGAACGAUCUGACGGAACGACAAUUAAACCUUUAUCUAGCAUUCAACUGGCCUGCAUUUUGGACGAAAAAAAGAGAUAUGCCUUCUAUCCAGACCCCUAAAAAUGGAAAGAUACCACGUUGUCAAAAUGCUUUCAUGUUGAUGAAGACAGAAGUGAGAAAGGAAGCGCGAAAUUUCUUAAGUCUGACGAGAAAAUUCGAUGGAGUUGAUAUAAGUGUGGUUAGUGGUGUUGCCUGGUCAAACAGUACUAAAGAACAACAAGAAGUAUUCCAUAAAAUGUUCAAGGAAUUAAGUGAAAAACACAAAAAGACAUACCCUGACCAACCUUAUCACACUCAUAAGCAGCCCAAGUGGAACAAUGUGUCCGAAGAAUAUUUUUCGGCGAAUAAAAAGAGUCCCCGAAAACAAUUCGAUAAAGGCGAAAAUAAAUUACCUAACGGUUCAUCACCUAUUAUUAAUUCCGGUGACCUAAUUCAAGAAAUUACACAUGACUCGUACAAUCCUAAUAAUCCUAAUGAAUUCUUCCCCACGGAACCCACGGAUUCAUCUUUUGGUAAAUUCUUGUCCAUGGACUUAUAUUACAAUACUAUGAACGAAGAUACCUCAGUGCAAGAUGAGAUGAUAUCCGGUUUUCAAUGUGAUG